GCCAUCUUGGCAAAGGGCGGAAGUUUUCUUGCGCAGCUCAGGCGAGGGAGCUGUUACACCUGGCAACGGGCAGCGGGGCCCGGUGCGGCUGCGCGGCCGGCUGUGGGAUGAGUCGCCUGCUGCUCUGCGUGACGUUGGCACUCAUGGGACUGCUGUUCUCCAGAAGCAUGGCCUGGACCUCCAGCGGGAAGACGCACCCCGAGCUGGUCAACAACCUGUACAAAAAAGGAAUCAUUAAAUCCCAGCGAGUCUUUGACGUGUUGCUGGCAACUGACAGAGGGCACUACAUCAAGUAUUUCCCAUACAUGGAUUCCCCUCAAUCUAUUGGAUACAAGGCUACAAUCAGUGCACCACAUAUGCAUGCCCAUGCAUUGGAGCUGCUGAAGGAUCAGCUUGUGGAAGGUGCAAAAGCACUGGAUGUUGGAUCUGGAAGUGGAUAUCUCACAGCUUGCUUUGCCAGGAUGGUAGGUCCAACAGGGAAAGCUGUGGGCGUAGAACACAUCAAAGAGCUGGUAAAUGAAUCCAUCAGAAACGUCAAAGAAGAUGAUCCAACUUUGCUCAGCUCUGGCCGUGUAAAACUCGUGGUUGGAGAUGGCAGGCAGGGGUACCCUGAAGAGGCUCCUUACGAUGCUAUCCACGUUGGAGCAGCAGCACCAACAGUACCACAGGAGUUGCUGAAUGAACUGAAGCCAGGAGGACGGCUAAUACUGCCCGUCGGUCCUGAAGGUGCAAACCAAGUUCUGAUGCAAUACGACAAAACCAGCGAUGGGCAGAUAAUUGAAACCCAGCUGAUGGGUGUGAUCUACGUUCCUCUCACAGAUAAGGAAAAGCAGUGGCCUCGGGAUGAAUUUUGACAGAUGGAAGGAUAUCUCUAAAGUCAUCUCAGAAAGUUCAUGAGUGGGACUUAUGGGACUUGUGGCUGUAGACGGUCUGUACAGUUUUGCUUUUUGAGUGGAAGCUGUAUCAGUGGAUGCAUGUAGUGCUGCUUUAAUGAGCUUGUUAUGGAGGAAUGGAGAAAAAGGAUGUUUCUCCAGCACAUGCUGUUGGAGGCAGUGUCUGGUUCCAGUGAUUUGAUCCAGAUAAUUCCAGAUAUGCUCUCUGUUAAGCUACAAAUAACAUCUAUUCACAGAGAAUUCCAAAAGCAUACAGGCAUACUUAAAACUUCACUAAAAAUACUCUUUAAUAUUGACUGCUCUGCCUCAUGCUUGGAGAAAAAUAAGACACAAUGCAAUGACCUACCCUCCUCUGUUUAAAUUUAAUUACAAGAGUGUGUCUUCCUGUUCUUCAUCUACUUACUUAAAGCUGCGGUAGCAACACUGCAAAUUUUGGAUUGA